AUGGAACCAGAAGAGAGGAUAAAGAGCACACAGAGCACACUGCGCCAGAGAGGGCAAGUGGAAGUGGAAGAAGAUGCAGAUAACGCAAUUAACGCAGACGCACACACACACAGCGAGGAAAUACUAGGCAAAACACCCGAUGGGACCAUGUUCGCAGUUCCUCCGACGGCUGAUGUGAUCUCGUCGCUAUUCCACCCGAAAUACCCAAAGACGCACGUAGAUAUUCUUACACUGGCUAUUCUCGGUCUCCAGGUACUUGGAUUUGCAUUGAUGCCGCUGAGUACGAGCCGAGUGGUGUACCUCUACGUCUUUAUCUUCUGGCGCUUAUCGUACAAUGUCGGGCUGGGCUGGGUGCUCUCACGCCAGUCGCGCUCGCAGUGGAUAGUCAACUGGGUGAAGCAGCACGGCUUUCUCGAUGCAAACAAGCGCCCGGCAAUGCGAAACUGGGUGGAGAAUCAAAUAAAGACUAAAAUGGGUCCAGGCUACAGCUUCGAUAAGUGUCCACCAGAGUUCAACACGUGGAUAUUUUUCCGCCACGCCGUCGAUAUCAUCUUGUUGUCUGAUUUCGUCGCGUAUGUUUGCUUCGCUUGGGCUCAUUGUCGUUUACCGACGGGACACGGCGUACUGUGGCAUGUGCUGCGCUGGGCAGCUGGAUGGACUAUGAUACUGUUCAAUCUAUGGGUCAAAAUCGAUGCUCAUCGUGUUAUUCAUGAUUACGCUUGGUAUUGGGGUGAUACGUUUUUUCAACAAAUCCAAUCACUCAAGUUUGAUGGCGUGUUUGAGCUCGCGCCACAUCCCAUGUAUUCAAUUGGAUAUGCUGGCUUUUAUGGUCUUUCGCUGGUUGUGGGAAGCUAUCAGGUGCUUUGCGUGUCGCUACUCGCACAUGCUCUCCAAUUUGGCUUCCUUCUCUGGUUCGAGAAUCCACAUAUCGAACGCACUUACGGCGAGCGGAAACCUCUGGCUGAGCGCGUACCAUUUGCGUUGAGAGAGGACACUGUACACGCUGAGCACGCUGAGCACGACGCACACAUCCCUCCUACACCUGCUGCCACAGACGCUACAACUGACACUGAUACCGAUGUCGACGAGUGCGUCACUCAGUUUGACGACAAGCCCACUCCCGCAACUAAGGUAGAAGGAUACCCCCACUCACCCAACAAUUUACACGACCUCGAACACAAAUACUUCAGCCGCGAUUUGAUUAUAUUCAAGAACUUUGAUGUGUUCAGAUCGAAUGACUUUUCAACAGCGCUCGUCGUGGCUUAUGCAGUCGUAGGCUCAUUCAUGCCUAAUUUUAGCUACGGGACGAGUCUAACACUACACAUAAGCCACGUAAUCGCAUGGCGUACUUUCCACUCAGUCGGCCUAGGAUAUUUGCUCAAAGCGCAGAGCGAAGAGAAGUAUCUAAUCAAGCAUUAUCUCAAGUACUAUGCGCAUGUCAAUGCGAACGAAGCGAAACGGAGUGCAUUUGAUAGUUGGAAACGCGUAUACAAUCUCUCGCUGAUUAUGGUCUAUGUAUCCUUUGUCGGCCUCGCGCUCAAGACGUACACUCUGCCUCAACAGUGGACAGUCGGAACUGAGUUGUUGAAGCAUGUUGUUGGGAUACUAUUGAUAAUCCUCCAAGUGUGGUGCUCUCUCGAAAGUCAUGAGGUACUAGGCAACUUUGGGUGGUUUUUCGGCAAUUUCUUCCUCGAGGAGUUUCCCUCGCGACUCAAUUAUACGGGCAUAUACCGCUACGUGAAUGAUCCAGAGCGGUCGAUGGGUGGAGCGGCCCUGUUCGGUAUCAGCCUGAUAAGUGGAUCAGCGACGACAUUCGCGCUGGCUGUUUUCAGCUAUAUUUUACACUGGUGGUUCUUGUCUUGCGUCGAAAACCCACAUACAAAGAAGCUGUUCGGGAGUGGAGUGCGUACGACAGGUGGCGCCGCGCGUACUCUGACAAAGGCAGUGAAAGACGGCAGACGUCGCAGUAGCUCCUCCCUCUUCAACCAGAAUUCGCUCGAUCGGUUCGACCGCGUUGCUAAAGACGUACAGGGCCAGGUCCACAGAGUGUACGGAGAGACAGUGGACGUCGUCGAGGAUUUCCUCAAGAGCGCUAAGCCGUCUGUUGACAAAAUGGUGCAGGAUACGCGCGUGCUGCUGCAUCAGUCGCGCGAGCGGCUUGUGAUUACGCGCGUUGACAAGGAUCUAUCGGCGUACGAUGUAUCGAAAUACUCUCUCAGUCUCAAACCUUCCAUAUCGCCACGCCAGCCUACCUCGUAUCAUCUUGGAGAGCCAAUUGAAGUGGAGUGGACAGCACCUGCAAACCACUCGCGCAAGGACUGGAUAGGUAUAUAUCGCGUUGGGGCUAAUACAGAUCAUCUCGUUACACGUAUUUCCUCACGUGGGAAAUGGCAGCCGAUCCACGAUGGAGAGUUCGACGGCGCACGUCCUAUUCCCGACAGACCGACGUCGCAUGUCGGUAAGUCAUCUGCAGCUGCAGCUACAGCCACGCAGGAAGAGGAAGGGCAGCGAGGAGUGGUUUCCUUCUGCUCGAAUUCACUCCCGUGGAGUGUGGGUCGGUACGAGUUGCGCUACCACCAUGCCGGCAAGCACAAUGUGAUGGCGUCUUGUGGUCCUCUCGAAUUGUAUGUCGACAAACCAACGGACGGGGAUGAUUUUGAAAGCGUUAGGAAUACCCUGUCGCGUUGUGUCGCUUUCGCACUUAACUGUGACCCCGCUCUCGUGCCCGCGAGCAGCUGGCACCAUCUGCCGGAAAACACCAUACAUUCAUACCGCAGAAACACACCAGAUGUUGAUAGAGAUGACGACGAUAUGGUCAUCAUGGAUGACGAACAGGCUAGAAGAAUCGCAGUGGUCAUUCGCGUCGCUUGCUCCGUUGAUUUCACACCAAGCGUCGUCGUGGCUGAUGCUAACCUGUCGCGAUUGGCACAGAGAGUGCUCGAUACGAGGAGAGUAUUGGGCAUUGACGAUGGAGAAGGGGAUACGUGA